AUGCCAUCUAACAAAGAUCGUCUGUACGUUGCUCUCUAUGCACGUGGAGGCAAUCCUACCAUGCUAGGCAAGGAAGACACAUACCACUGGGCCUUGAUCGUGGGACCGAAAGUUGAAGCAGAGGAUGGUAUGGGGGUCCGUUACCACGCAAAAGAGAGGCUAGAAUUGGCAGGGGGUUCUAAAUGGUUCUUCGAGGAGCGCGAAUGUCCACUUGCCCCUACUAGCAUGCUGCUUGUUCGUAUCAUGGUUGGGAAGGUAGCGGAUGGAAAUCGCCUAGUCGAAAUUCUGCGGAACACGCCUAUUCGACAAGGCCAACCAGGUUGGAACUGUGUCACCUGGGUAAAGGAGGCCCUGGAAAUGCUUAAGGUUGAUCCCAAGGCUUUAGGCACGAGUGUCGUUGAAUGGGAAAAAGUACGCAGGGUGGCGAUGGAUUAUUGUCAGCGGAAGAAAGACCAGCACCGUUUUGAUGGCCAGGGAAACUUUGAUAUGAAAAAGGUUCCAACGUAUGACUUGAUAGAGCGGAAGGAGAUGAUUGUCUGA